AUGCGCGGCCUUCUCUUCUGCCCUCUGCUCGUUACUGGACUGGCACAGCUCUGCUGCAGGGCGCGGGGCACUGUGCCACCAGACACGACCCCUGGAGGAGAAGGGCCUGGAGAGGCACCGGAAGUGUAUCACCGGAAACAGGUCUGUCACUGGCCCUGCAGAUGCCCUCCUCAGAAGCCCAGUUGUCCUCCUGGGGUGAGCUUGGUGAGGGAUGGCUGCGGAUGCUGCAAAAUCUGCGCCAAGCAACCAGGAGACACCUGCAACGAGGCCGACCUCUGUGACCCACACAAAGGGCUGUACUGCGACUACUCGGCAGACAAGCCUAGGUACGAGACGGGAGUGUGUGCACAUCUUGUGGCUGUUGGAUGUGAGUUCAACAAGGUCCAUUAUCAGAAUGGCCAAGUAUUUCAGCCCCACCCAUUGUUCAGCUGCCUCUGUGUGAGUGGGGCAAUUGGAUGCACACCCCUCUUCAUACCUAAGCUGGCUGGCAGCCGCUGUUCUGCAGCUAAAGGAGGAAGGAAGACUGAUCCACGAAACUGUGGCCCGGGCCCACUGCAGCAGGGUCACUCAGCAAGCUACAAAGCAAUGCCAGCUUACAGGAAUCUCCCACUUACUUGGAAAAAAAAAUGUCUCGUGCAAGCAACAAAGUGGACUCCUUGCUCCCGAACGUGCGGAAUGGGAAUCUCAAACAGGGUAACCAACGAAAACAGCAACUGUGAAAUGAGGAAAGAGAAGAGGCUAUGCUAUAUUCAGCCCUGUGACAGUCACUUAUCAGAGGCAGUGAAGAUUCCCAGAGGAGAAACAUGUCAACCUACCUUCCAGCUCUCCAAAGCUGAAAAAUUUGUUUUUUCUGGAUGCUCAAGUACUCAGAGUUACAGACCCACUUUCUGUGGAGUAUGCCUGGAUAAGAGAUGCUGUGUCCCCAACAAGUCUAAAAUGAUUACUGUUCAGUUCGACUGCCCCAGUGAAGGAUCAUUUAAGUGGCAGAUGCUUUGGGUAACAUCUUGUGUGUGUCAGAGAGGCUGCAGAGAACCAGGAGAUAUAUUUUCUGAGCUCAGGAUUCUGUAG